AAUUAGUGUAGUAUAAAUAUGCAGGUGUUAAUUGACAAAAGCACAGUGCACUUCGUUGGUUCACAGGAACACAUUGUUUGCAAAAUGAACACAUACUUUGUGGUAUCUUGCCUUUUGGCAUUCACUGCAAGAGUGGCAGCUGCGCCGCAUGGGCAUGGGGUGGCAUACUUGCCCAUUACAACUGUAGAUAAAAUUAAUGACCCUAGCUACGCCUUCGACUACGCAGUGAACGACCCGUCAACCGGCGACAACAAGGCCCAAUGGGAGGCGCGGCAUGGGGACGUCGUGAAGGGCGCCUACUCUCUGGUGGAGCCCGACGGCAACAUUCGCCUUGUAGAGUACACUGCAGACCCAGUCAGAGGCUUCAACGCGGUCGUCAAGAAGACCGGACCGAGCAUUCACUCCGUCGCUCUACCCGUAGCCAAACCCAUCGCCGUGGCUCCCGUGGUCGAGCAUGUCGCCCCGGUUGUAGCUCACGACGUCGCCCCAGUACUGACGCACGACAUCGGCCCCAUUGUCAACCACGGCGUGGGUCCCAUCAUACACGAGGUUGCCCCAUUAGCUCCGCUCGUUCACGAUAUCGGCCCGAUCGCCCCUCUCGUCCACGAGGCCCCUCUCAUCACCCCGCUCAUCGCCCCGCUUGACAUCCACUACCCCCUUCUACACUACGCCCCGUCCUACGGGCCCCUAGUCUCAGUUUCCGGAACCACGUACGGUGCCAAAGGCAACAUCGUCCGCAGAUGGACUGCUGGACCCAUGUCUUUAGACGGCAAGAAGAUAACCAUUAGAACGAAACAUCAUUAAAGAAUAAUAUUGUAAAUAACUUCUCCGUGUAUAAGUAACAUAAUUUAGUUACUCGCGGCGCUAGUGUGUUCUUGCAUUGUCAGCGACGUGCAAAAAUACACAUAGGUCGAAUAGAAGUUAAGCCUAAUUUUACGACUCCGAAGCAACGAGGUGUACCUGACUCCGACGAAUAUGUAUUCUGUCGCUGUAAAUAAAGUUAUUUAUUUCCAAA